AUGGGGUUCACGAAUCUGGCCAAUUUCAAUGAUGAUCUCUUGGCUAAGCAAGCAUGGAGAUUACUUCACAAUAAGAAUUCCCUAUUCUACAAAGUCUUUAAAAUGAAGUUCUUCCCAAAUUGUAGUUUAUGGGAGGCUCAAGACUCUAGCUUUGGUUCACACGCUUGGCAUAGUUUCCUAAAGGGAAGAGAUGUCCUUCUAAAGGGUGCCAGAUGGAGGGUGGGGUGUGGAGAGGAUAUUAGUAUUUGGAAUGACGCUUGCCUACCUUCACAGGAACACCCAUGGGUCCUAUCAGAUAUUGUUCCAGGUUUUGAGGAUAGUAGAGUUGUUGAUCUCAUCAAUCUAGGUACAAGAACAUGGGAUGCAAAUUUAGUGCACGGGUUGUUGUCACCUGAAGAAGCUGCACUAGUUCUUAGUAUUCCAUUGCGCCGCACCCUUGUGGAGGACAAAAUCAUUUGGCCAUUCACUCCCUCAGCUUGCAAAGAAGCCAUACCAGCUAAAUGUAAUAUGUUGAGGAGGAAGAUCCUAACCAAAGACAAAUGCAAAGAAUGUGGUGUGGAGUCCGAAACAACAGCCCAUGCUCUAUGGGAAUGCCCCACAUUGGAUGAGAUAUGGCAAAACAUUCCAAGCUUUAAAGGUCGGAGACAACUUGAUGCUUUAAACAUUAGAGAACUGUUCAACUUGACUAAUGAGAAAAGGAAGGACAUGGAUCUCAUGGCUAUGGUAAUGUGGACGAUAUGGCAUCGGCGGAACCAACAGCGCAUAAACACAAGUGUUUUUCCCAAAGCUCAGGUCUUCCAACAAGCUUCGCAGGCUCUUGUUACUUUCCAACAGUCCUAA